GCCACAAUUAGCCGUUACGAGUAAAUAGAGAGAGAGAGGUCGUCGGAUUCAACAACGGACUCUUUUUCAAAAUCAGAAGGAGAUAGAGAGAGAAAGAGAGAAACACUCUCUAAAUCUUCUUCUUCUUCAUCUCUUUCGUUUUCCAUUUUCGAAAAUCUCUCAAUCGUUCGUUCUUACAGACUUAUUCAUGGAGGUCAAGGAAGAGAAACUGAUGGAGGAGAAGCAACGAUUGCCGGAGAAGACGAUCCCUGUGUUCACCGUUCUGAAAAACGGCGCUAUUCUCAAGAAUAUCUUCGUUGUGAACAGUCGCGAUUUCUCGUCGCCGGAGAGAAACGGUUCCACUGUAAGCGAUGAUGACGGUGAAGUAGAAGAGAUUCUCGUCGUCGGUCGUCAUCCAGAUUGUGAUAUUCUUCUUACGCACCCUAGCAUUAGCAGAUUCCACUUAGAAAUCCGCUCGAUCUCUUCUCGUCAGAAACUCUUCGUCACGGAUCUAUCCUCUGUGCAUGGGACUUGGGUUAGGGAUCUUAGAAUCGAGCCACAUGGUUGUGUUGAGGUUGAAGAAGGUGAUACGAUUAGGAUUGGUGGUUCAACAAGGAUCUAUAGGCUUCACUGGAUUCCGUUGAGCCGUGCGUAUGAUUUAGACAAUCCGUUUGUUUCACCACUUGAUGCGUCUACGGUGUUGGAGCAAGAAGAAGAGAAUAGAAUGCUUGAAGCAGAAAAUCUAGAGGUAGCACAACAUCAGUCACUAGAGAAUACUACAUCAGGUGAUGAGGGAGUUCUGCAUCUAGAUGUCACGUCAGAAGGAACUGGAUCAUCAGUUCCUAGUGAGGAUGAGGAUACGUAUGUUACGACAAGGGAGAUGUCUAUGCCAGUUGCGUCUCCAAGUGUUUUGACGCUAGUUAGAGAUUCUGUCGAGACACAAAAGCUACAAUUCAAUGAAGAUUUGCAGACUUCACCAAAGUGGGACUUGGAUGUUAUAGAAUCUGUAGCAGAGAAGCUAAGUGGCAGCUUUGUCCGUAGUACGCAGCAGAGUGGUGGCGACGUGGAGGGAUUAGGUUGUUCUGAACUUUUUGAUGCUGCAGAGGCGGAUGAAUGUGAUGUCAGAGGAGAUGGAGGCUUGCAUCUGAAUGUGAUAUCAGAAAAGAUGGAGUCAUCAGUGCCUAAUAUGAUUGAAGCAGAAAAUCUAGAGGUUGCACAACAUCAGUCACUAGCGAAUACUGCAUUAGGUGAUGAUGAAGAUCUACAUCUGGAUGUGACGUCAGAAGGAACUGGAUCAUCAGUCCCUAGUGAAGAUGAGGAUACAUAUAUUACGACAAUGGAGAUUUCGGUUCCACUUGCAUCUCCAAAUGUUUUGACACUAGCUAGAGAUUCUAUCAAGACGCAAAAGCUACAAUCCACUCAAGAUUUUCAGACACCGACAAUGUGGGACUUAGAUGUUGUAGAAGCUGCAGCAGAGAAGCCAAGUAGCAGCUGCGUUCUAGGUAAGAAGCUGAGUGGUGGCUAUGUGGAAGAAUUAGGUUGUUUUGAACUUUUUGUUGCUGCAGAGGCUGAUAAAUGCGAUGUCAGAGGAGAUGGAAGUUUACAUCUGAAUGAGAUAUCAGAGAGGAUGGAAUCAUCAAUGUCUAAUAAGGAGGAUGAUCCAUUUCUAGCUGCAAAGGAGACUUCAUCGCUUCCACUCUCAACAGAUUUCAUUAAUCCAGAAACACUAUGGCUCGUGGAAGAUGUUCAGGCUUCACCAGAGUUUUGCACAAGUAGUGUAAAAGCCAACGCUGAAAAUCCAAGUAGUGGCUGCUCCCCAAGUACGGAGCAGAUUGAUGGCUGCUUUGAAACCUCAGGUUGUUCUGCAUUUGACUUGGCUGCAGAGGUUGAGAGUCUUAGCCUUCAUCAAGAAGUCAGUGAAGAAACUGAAUUUGUCACAAAGGAAGUAAUGGGAGUAUCUUCUGAACCACUAGGUAAAGCUGAUAUUCGGAGUCACGAAGAGAAUGGAGAAAGUGAGGACUCAAGGCAAGUUAUUGAAGUAUCUGCUGAACCAGUCGCUAAAGCUGAUAUUCAGAGUCACGAAGAGAAUGGAGAAACUGAGGGCUCAAGGCAAGUUAUUGAAGUAUCUCCCAAGUCCUUCUCUGAAGCUGAGCCAACUAUAGAAAUUUUAACUGGAGAAGCACAAGGCAUCAUAGGUUCUGAAUUCCCUAGUGAACUUGCAGUAGAGACUGAAAGUGAGAACCUACUACAUCAAAAGAGCAUUGGAGAAACAAAGAAUGAAAUUCGGAGUCACGAAGACUAUGGAGAAACUGAAGACUAUGGAGAAACUGAGUGCUCAUGGCCAGAUAUUGCAGUAUCUCCCAGUUCCGUCUCCCCACCUGAGCCAACUUUGGAAAUUUUAACUGAUGAAGCUCGAGGUCUCCUAGGUUCUGAAUUCCUAAGUGAAGUGACAGUAGAGACUGAAAUUGAGAACCUACUACAUCAAAAAAGCAAUGUAGAAACAAAGGCUGAUAUUCUGAUUCAUGAAGACUAUGGAGAAACUGAGGUCUCAAGGCAAAUUAUUACAGUAUCUCCCAAUUCUUUCUCUAAAGCUGAGCCAACUUUAGAAACUGAGGAUUCAAGGCAGCAAGCCCGAGGCCUCGUAGGUUCUGAUUCUGAAUUCCAGAGUGAAGUUGCCAUGAAGACCGAAUGUGAGAACUUACUAAAUCAAAAACGCAAUGGAGAAACCAAGGUCAGUUCAAGGCAAGCCAGUCCAGUAUCUGAUUGUUUGUCCACUCCAAAAGAUCGUCUUUCAAGUAUCAAUACAGAUGAUAUUCAAAGUCUCUGCUCGAGUUCGCAGCCACCUUCCGAGAGUGAAGUGAAUCCUGCCACUGACCAGGAUCAAGAAUCAGGAAUAAUCAGUGAGACUGAAAAACCCAAAACAGAAUUGUUAAUUGGUUCUGGGAGAUCUGAAAAAUAUUACAGCCUAAGCGAAAUAGAGGGUGAAGAAAAUACUGACAUUGGAAGACUCUCUAGGUGUCCGAUUCCUUCGGCCUUGGCUGCAAAAACAUCUGAGGAUACAAAAUUGAUUGAAGAACUGUCUUCUUCUGAUUCUGGAAGUCAAGAAAACCAGACCCCGGAAACACAUGCUGUUAGAGAUGAUGUAUUGUGUGAUAUGGAUAGCUCAAGUACAUGCAACAUUUGGUCUAGGAGGGGGAAAGCUGCUUCUGUUCUUAAGAUACGGACCAACAAGAGUCAAGGAAAGCAAAAACAAACUGGGAGACAACCAAAAGACAAGUUGCAUAGAAAACAGGCUCUAAGUGACAAGUCUAUUUCUCUGACUAUUCAUCAUGGUGCAGAGAUUCUGGAACCAGAGAUCUUUACUCCUGACAAGGAGAACCUCACCCCAAGUUCUCAUAUGUUGAAAAGAUUACAAGAUAUUGGUGACGUGAAAGAUAGCAAGAGCUCUUUAAAGCUUUCAGGAAAAUCAUGCUCGUCAUUGGUUCAUUCCAGUAUUGCUGUUCUUGCUUCAGAGGCAUUCACAGAACCAGAAAUCUUUACCCCAGAUAAGGAGAAUCUUACCCCAAGCUCUCACAUGCUAAAACGUUUGCGAGAAUUUGGUGAUAUUAAGGAUACAAAAGGCUCCUCCUCUAAAGCAACACGUAAACCAUUCUUUGAUAUUCGUAUGGAAGAAAACGUGAUGGUGGAACAGGAACCAGAAGAUCUACACAGCCUGGGCAGCAAAUCUAAGCUGAAGCAUGAGCCUCUGGCACCAAAGAAGAAAGCUGAGCGGGCGCCUUUUCAACCUCUACUUGAAAAAUCUUCUUUCCAAAGUCAGUCAUACACUGAGGCUUCUUCAACUGCAUCAGCAAGGAAUAAUAUUUCUAGGGGCAUUCGUUCCUCUUCUAAUCUUUCUGAUGCAAAGAGCAAGAUGAAGUGGACCAUUGUUUUGGAUACUUCUUCACUCCUCGACAAAGAGUCUAGGAAGCCACUGCAGUUACUACAAGGUCUCAAGGGGACACAUCUGGUCGUACCAAGAACUGUGUUAAGGGAACUAAAUGAGGUGAAGCGCAGUCGCAGUUUUCUCUUUAGAAGAAGAACAGAGAUUGCUUCUUCAGCUCUGGACUGGAUCGAAGAAUGUAAGGUUAAUUCAAAAUGGUGGAUUCAAGUCCAGAGUCCAACAGAAGAAACCAAAGCAAUUGCACCAACCCCACCAGUCACUCCCCAGUCAAAUGGCUCAUCGGCAUUCCCCUUUUCACUUCACUGGAACAACUAUGCACCAGAGAUUGAUUCUCCGACAUCAGAAGAUCAAGUUCUCGAAUGUGCUCUUCUUUAUCGAAACCGUAACCGUGACGAAAAACUCGUUCUUCUUAGCAACGAUGUAACUCUCAAGAUCAAAGCCAUGGCAGAGGGUGUGAUUUGCGAGACACCACAUGAGUUCUAUGAAAGUCUGGUUAAUCCGUUCUCGGAGAGGUUUAUGUGGACAGAGAGCACGGCAAGAGGACGAACUUGGAGUCAUCUGGACAAUGACGUGUUGAGAGAAAGGUACAACGACCGAGCUUGUAGAAGAAAGUCAACGUACAAUAGAGGAGAGAGUGGUGCAGCUGCAAAAGGCUUGAAACUCAUAUUGCUCCAUAACUCUCACUAUGGCCACACUCAUUGAUGAUGUAUCAUCAUCAUCUAUCACCAUGGCCAUGUUUAAUGAUGAUGCAUCAUCUAUCAUGUUCCUUCUUUCCAAGUAAGCCAAAUAAAUUCUACUCGCUUACACAUGGUUACAGGGAAUAAUGUUUUUAGAAUGAAUGACAUUUCCAUAAUGUUGCUUCUAUCAUGACCUUUAUUAUUUUUCGAUAGUGGAAUUACAUGUCUUUCAA